CCGCUAUUCCGAUUUCGGCGACUGUGACGCCAGUCCUCCACAUUUCGAAUGUGGAAAUGCCUCUCGUGUGGGGAAUUCUUGCCCGUCUGAGUUUAGUUGAAUAAUCCCCAAGGUGAUUGGGGCCGUUCGAAGAAUAAAAGUAAUUAAUUUAUCUCAUUUCAGCUCUGGCACGGAUCUGCCCCAACCUAAGUUUCUUGGGAGUUUUUAGUUCCUGGGUUCGUGAGUGGACUGGACGUUGACUCGAGGGGUUGAUACUUGUUCUCCCAUCGUCGAUGUACUCCAGAAUCUCCAUAUACUUAAACACUCCGUGUCCCCGGCCCCAGGCGCGGCAUCCUCCCCAGACCCUCUCCACUCCUCCAGCUUCAACCUCUCCUCCCCUCUCCCCUCUCCUCUCCUCUCCUCUUGCCCCUUCCCCUUCCCCCCUUCAUUUCCGCUCUUCCCUUCUCUACUAUCUUCUAUUUGUCUGUGUGGCAAUAUACUAUCCCAACCAUCAUCUUUCUAAGCGCAUCCGUCGAAUGUGCUCCGAUCGCCCCCCGGUCAUAAAAUCAUCGCCACCAUCAUGAGUAGUGCAUCCGCCACCAUGACCGAUUCUGAUUCUGGAAAACGCAAGGCUUCGGUCGCCGGUCUCUCCGCCCAAAACCGCCCUGUGAAACGUCGAGCUUCGAAGGCCUGUUGCUGCUGCAGAGCUCGCAAGGUUCGCUGCGACGUGGUAGAGAACGGUUCGCCAUGCACGAAUUGUCGCCUCGACCAGGUCGAAUGUAUUGUCACGGAAAGCAAGCGGAGAAAGAAGUCGCGCGUCGACGUGGAUACUACCCACACCUCCGAGUCGCCCGGCGAAGUCUCAGAGGAGAAUCCUCUAGGGUCUUUGGGCUCUUUACAUGGGAUGCAUGAUAUGGAGCCAACGUCGCCCUCGCAGAACUCGGUCGACAUGGACCACGGGCAACAUAUGCCACACCUUCUCUAUCAAUCACAGGCUCAUCGGAUUCCCUCCGAUGAUCAUUUCCGUCGCCGAAUGGCCCCUAAUCCGGCCGUUCCUUCGUCCAUGCCUCUCGCCAAUGCCACCCUGCAAAUCCAGCAACUGCUCGAUCCCAACUUUGCCAACUCCCGUACCGCCAAUGGCUUUCUCCCCGACUACAUUCGCGGCCUACCCGCACGCCUGCAGAAAGAGGAUAUCGAUUAUCUAGCCGCCAAGGGCGCCCUGACGAUUCCCGAUGUGAGCCUGCGCAAUGAGUUGCUCAAGGCCUACAUCCACUAUGUGCAUACCUAUAUGCCAUUGCUGGAUCUGGAGGAGUUCCUUCAGACCAUCGUUCAGAACGAUGGCAUUCACCGCAUCAGUCUUCUACUGUUCCAGGCGGUCAUGUUCGCUGGUAUGGCCUUCAUUGAUAUGAAACAUCUUCAGGCUGCCGGUUACCAGACCCGCAAAGCGGCUCGCAAGAUUUUCUUCCAGCGUGCCCGACUCUUGUACGAUUUUGACUACGAGGUGGAUCGUAUCUCUCUCGUUCAGUCCCUUCUUCUGAUGACCUAUUGGUAUGAAACUCCCGAUGACCAAAAGGACACCUGGCACUGGAUGGGUGUCAGUCUCUCUCUGGCCCACACCAUCGGUCUACACCGAGACCCCGGCAACUCGCGGAUGGACGUUCGCCGCCAGCGGAUGUGGAAACGCAUCUGGUGGAGUACCUACACCCGUGACCGACUGAUCGCGCUGGGUAUGCGACGGCCGAUGCGUGUCAAGGAUGAUGACUGUGACGUGCCCAUGCUCACCCUGGACGAUUUCGAGUUCCAGAGCUUUUCUCCGGAAAUUGUAAAAAUGGUCGGAGACUCUGAGAUCUUGCGGAAUGUCAGCCACCAGCGAGAACUGGCGUUGAUGUUUAUCGAAAAGGCCAAACUGUGCCUGUGCGUUAGCCACGUGCUGUCAGCUCAGUACUCCGUACUGAGCCACAAGUUUGGCGGUACCAUGGAGACCACGAUGAUGCUGGUUCCGAAGAAGUCGACUGCUGAGACGUUCGAAGUGCGACGCUGUGACCAGGAGCUGGAGGAUUGGCUGGCCAACCUCCCCGUGGAAACCCAAUAUUCGCCUUCCGAUGGCUCGAAGCUAUCCGAAGCCAACGAGGUGCUGCAUUCUCACCGUGCUCUGCUGAAGAUGGUCUAUCUCACGACCUCCAGCGCCCUGCACCGACCCCAGGUCCUUCCUGCGGUCCCCUAUCCCUCCACGGACGCUGAGUUGCAGGAGAUGUCCCGCAACAAGGUGCGUUUUGCCGCGGUGGAAAUUACCAACAUCGCCCAGGACUUGCACGUUCUCGAUCUGACCCGGUACUACCCUACAACCGGUGUCACCGUACUUCUCCCCGCGGUGAUCAUUCACCUCCUGGACAUCAAGUCCAGCGACCCGAAUGUACGCAUGACCAGUCUCCAGCGCUUCUACCAAUGCAUGCGCAUUCUCCAGCGCCUCCGCGAAAUCUACGCCUCCGCCGACUUUGCCACCUCCUUCCUCGAAGCCGCCAUCCGCAAGGCCGGCAUUCAACUCACCGUCUCUCCGCAAGACGUACAAUCCUCACGCCCUCGCCACAACCGCACUACUGCUUCUACCACUACUACUACCACCACCACCACCACCAACCCCUUAGCUUCAACCAGCACCGACCCCUUCGACAUCCUUUCCCGCCCCAACGCCCUUACUCCUCCACCAGACUCUCUGGCCAAGAAGAUCCCCGACCUGACAUACCCCAAACCCGGUCCCGCGACUACCCGCAGCCAACCAACCGCCGAUCUCUUCGCAUCCACACCCCCACACUCCGACGGAAGCGAAAACGGCAGCACAAACAAUCUCAACCCCAACUUUGCCUCGCACGAUGCGUUUAUCAUUCCAGAUCUACACUCGGAAAUGAGUCUCACCGAAUUGAUGGAUCUCGCCAACGACGCCGAAGUCACGCAAAACGACUUUGAUGCGUUGAUCAAUUUCGAUGAUGCCGGGAAUGACUUUUUCGCCGAGGAGGCUCAGCAACAGCAACAACAGCAGCAGCAGGUUAGCUCUGGUGUUGGGGUUGGCGCAGAGGAAAAAGCCUAUGAGUUCGAUAUGAAUGCUUUGGGAUUUGAUACUGAGCCUAAGGUGUUUGAUUUUGCGCACUUGGCGGAGCCGCGCUCGGCAGAGCGUGGCUUGGGUGGUUCUGCCGAGGUUCAACGGGUUGGACUGACGGCGGAUCUUGAUACGGAUCUCGGGAUCGGAUUGGAUGAGUAAACCUCUCAACAAUUCCGGACAUUGGACAUUGACCACGGACAUGUGUCUCGCGCCUCGUGUCUGCCUGUGGGGUUACUUUCCCCAUCUUUUUGGACGAUUUGUGCUUUUUGGAAUGGUCUUUUAGCCGACUUUUUUUUUAAUAUUUUUCUAUCUUCUAUCUGUUACAGUACGGAGGAAGAUUGGACAAGGGUGUUAAUUUUGGUUUUCUUUUUUUUCACCUUUUUCUUUCUUUCCUGUUUGGUGACCUUCAUAUUCGGCGCUUUUGAUCGGGCCUUGGGGUGGGGUUUCUUUUCGUGACGACGUUGACGAUGUCCCUUGUUCUUGUUGUAUCUUGGACUGCACGGGACUGGAAUUAACUAUGGAUAUAGAGGGAUUUACUACAAAAAGCACGAAGCAAUGUGAACAUAUGAUAUCAUCUCUUAAUCUCUGCCAUUUCCUACGUAUUUGGAGCUACCCUACCUAGUCUGGACGGCUUGUGUGUAUCUUGAUGUCUAUGCUCCGACUCCGGCG